GAGGAGGAGAUCUACCAUCACUUCGUGCAUCGUCCCAACUGGGUGGCACAACCUCCUCUAAAACUCGGCUCCAGACUUAAACAACCGAUACCUGAAGUCGAAAUUCUCCACACGGCCUCUGAUUUCUGCUUUGAUCAUAACCGCUGCAGUACUCUGCUCUAUAGUAAAAUAUGGUACUUCAUAUCAGGUGCGAAACAUCCAGGACUCCAGAUAGGUAGCGGUAAUUUCGACGACAUAGCCUACAACUUCCUGGUGAGUGGCAACGGUUACAUAUACGAGGGUCGCGGCUGGCACAGAGCCGCUAGCGUCCAAGGUCGCAACAACUUUAGUGUCGGCAUCGCUCUCAUAGGUACAUUUACAGCGACCGCACCGUCCGAACUGCAAAUGUUGGCUCUGUCGCGAUUCAUCCGCGAAGGAGUCGACUACGGCCGGAUAGCUGCCGACUACCAGCUGCACGCUCACUGUCAGUUCAGCGAUACGCAGAGUCCGGGCGCCAAGGCGCUAGAAAUCGUCAUGAAAAUGCCACACUGGAACGAAACUUGCAACCUGUGCUGCUCGAGAAUCAGUAGGCCUAGUUGACUUCUAGUCAUGCAAGAUGAUAAUGUUAAGUUUUUAAUUCUCAAGUGAUACCGGGAAUUGGAUAUCUAAUGACUUCCCACAAACUUGACACCGACAGUAGAAGAAUAUAUCAUGUCAAGUGCUGUAUCUCUCAGUGUCGAAUGAUACCGGCAAUUAGAUAUCUGAUGAUUUCCCAUGAUAAGGGCCAGGCCAUAUUAAGCGUUUUUUCAAGCUUUUUAAAGCACUUUGAACAAUUAAUUACGACAUAGCAGUCAGGUAUUUAUAUAAAUAAAAGCUAUUAGCUUCUACUUACAUUAGUGUAGCGCUUUCGGACACUAGGCCCUUGAUCAACAAAUUGAAUCGAACAUUGAAGAGUACUUUCUAAAGCGUUUUUUCAAGCCUUUUAAAGCGUUUUUCCAGGCGAUUUUUAAAGCACGUUUUCCCAGGUGCUAAUUCAAUCAGUCUAUCAGAGAGCUUCCUGCCCUGCCGACUCUUAAAACGCCGUCCGAAAACUCCUGGAAGACGCUAAAAGACUCUAAAAACAACGUCUUGAUCGCCUGAAAAAACGCCUAAUAAGUUCUGGCCCUCAAUGUGACACCAACUGUAGAAAAAAGUAUGAUAUCGUGUUGUAUCUCUCAAUAUCAAGUGAUGCCAGCAAUCGAAUAUAUAAUAUAGGUUAGGUUAGGUUAGGUUAGGUUAGGAUGGUUAAUAAUUAAUAGUUAAGAGCAAUAAGAGUGGCACUGACUGUAGAAAAAUAUAAAUUAUGUAAGUAUUGUAUUAAUCUCAAGAUUCGAAGUGAUUCCGGCAUUUAAAUAUAUGUUAAAAAGAGUUAUUUAAUGUUUAAGAACAAUCAAUAGGAGUGACAUAGUAGAAAAAAUAUUAUAUGUUGAGUGAUUAUCUUCCAAUCUCUGGUGAUCGUGCUAAUGAAUAUGUAUGUUGUUUGAGAACAAUGAAAGUGACACCUACAGUGGAAAAAUAUAGUAUGUCAAGUAUUGUAUAUAUCAAUCUAAAGUGAUACCGGCAAUUGAAUAUCUCGUGAUGGUUAAGACAAUAAAAGUGAAUCCAAAUGUGAAAAUAUAUAAUGUUAAGUGUUGUAUCUUCCAAUCUAGUGAUACCGGUAAAUUUCUAAUGGUUAAGAACAAUUAUAUAGUGACACUGACAGUAGAAAUAUACAGUAUAUUAUGUUGAGUAUUGUGACAUUCAAUAUCUUUUAAUACUGGUAAUUGAAUGUCAAAAACAAUCAUUCUCAAUCAAAAUAACUAAGAAUGUUCAAUUGAAUGGUAAGAACAAUUAAAUGACAUCGACAGUAGAAAAAUAUACUAUGUUAAGUAGUGUUGUAUCUUCAAUCUCAAGUGAUACCGGCAUUUGAAUAUAAUAAUAGAAGUAAACAAUAAAAGUGAAUAUUCGUAAGUUUUGUACAUGUUUUAUGUGGAACGGACAAAGAAUAGAAGUGACUCCACGGUAAAAUAUCCGUUGAAUUUUGUAUGAAACGGAAUAUCUGUUAGGCUCAGUUUGUGUCUCUUAUGUGACACAAGCAAUAGAAUAUAGUGACUUAUAGGCGGGGAAAGUAGAGAUGGUAAGUUUUCGAUGGCCAGUGGUGUUAAAUUACGUCUAUUUCCAUUUGCCGUUUAUACAGACUUCAAUCGGUUGUGAGUUGUUAGAUGUUAGUUCAUAUAUAAUGAAUGCAAUAAAAUUAAUUUCAUAUAAAUAAAUGUCUAUUAAUAAAUUUAUUCCUAAUAAAUUAGUUUGAUACGAAUGUUUUUCAUCUAAGAUUUUGGUGGAUGAAAAUCAUGGAAAUGAAGUAAUGAAUGAAAUGCACAUGCCGCCUGUAUCUUGCCGUCUCUAUUUUACCCGUCUAUAGACUGCUAAUCUGUUAAGUUUUGUAGAUUCUGUGUGACUGAGACAAUAAAAUAUCUGUUAAGUUUUGUA